UGCGCCUCCUGGUUCAGUUUCCCGCUCCCUCUCUCGCCCGCCACUCAACCACGAAACCCGCCCUGUCCUUGCGAACCUAGGGCUCUUCUGCUCCGCGGCUCUGCCCCCUAAUCGCCGCUCCGUGCUCCUCGCCGUUCUUCGACUGGAUGGCAACCAACGACGACCUCGCCCAGAUCGACAUCUCCACGGAGGAGAAGGACAAGCUGGUGGCGGAGGUGAUGCGCUACGCGCUCUUCAAGACGCACCAGACCACCGGCUGCCCAAUCAAGCGGGAGGAGCUCACCCAGAUCAUCACCAAGAACUACCGCCAGCGCGGGCUCCCGGCGCUCGUCAUCAAGGAGGCCGGGGACAGGCUCGCCGCCACCUUUGGCUACGAGAUGAGGGAGCUCCAGAGGACCCGCGCCCCGUCCAACCGCUCCGCGCGCACCUCCUCCCAGCAGCUCAGCAACGUGGAUGCGAAGAGCUACGUCCUGGUAAGCAAGCUGGACCCUGAGGUGUACAGCAAGUAUGUUGAGGAUAAGGAGCGUGCCCAUCUGUCUGGCUUCGCUUUUGUUGUCAUAAGCAUUGUUCAUGUCGCGGGUGGCAAGAUCACUGAAGAGGACCUUUGGCAUCAGCUAAAACGGCUGGGCUUAAAUGAGAACGAUGAGAACCACCCUCUUCUAGGAAACAACAAGCAGGCGCUUGAACUGCUAGUGCAGCAAAGGUACUUGCUCAAGGAGAAAAUUGCUGGUCCAGAAGGUCAUUUCAUGAGCUAUGAGCUUGCGGAGAGGGCAUUGGAUGAAUCCAUCAGUUCCAAGCUUAAAGAAUACAUUUCACAGGUUGUGGGCACAAGCGCUGGUACAGCAGAGUGAAGUGGAUACGAAGUGACAACCAGCAGGCAUUUCCCUUCACCUCUCCGUCCUUUCUGAAACAAAACGAUAUGCCUUAUCCUUUACCUUUAGGCAUAACAACCAACCAAUUUCGUGGAUUCAUCUUUCAGGCCAACCUAAGUUGAUGGGUACAAGGUGGCGAGACUGCAAACAUGGCGAGGAGUCAUCUUGUAGGGACUUGGCGGAGGCUUGCUUAAGGGCUUGUUUGUAUAGGAUCUGAGAUGGUGUGCUGCUCAACUAGGAUAGACUGAUAGGUUCGAUCUGAACAAACAUGAUAUGAGCUUUUGUGGAGGUUCAUCUGUCUGUGCUUUCAUCGUUGAAUGGAGCUUCAAAUCGUCAUGAAGUGUUUGUAUCA